UCAGGCACAAUCAGGGUCGUCGGCAGCGGAGUGCCGCACGGCGUGGCUUGGCCGAACGAUAGCGACCGAUACAAGAAUGUCUUGCCUUCGCAAACUCUCUCACGCUAUGUUUUGUCGCUGCUGAGGUCAAAGUCGCCGGCUCAGUACGCAAGCCCACCACUCGGACGAGGACACAGAAUGUCUGGUUACGCCUCAAUCCGCUCUGCGCAAAGCGAUACUUCAUCCCGGCCCAACAGUACCGCCAGCAUGUCGCGCCGUCCACGACGUAAGGAGAAUGGACACCACGGCCAGGCCAGUUGGCUCAGCAGUGUCAUCAACCUCGUCAACACCAUUGUUGGCGCCGGUGUGCUGGCCAUGCCCUCCGCUCUGUCCAACAUGGGCAUCUUCCUCGGCAUCUUCGUUAUCAUCUGGUCUGGCAUUACCUCCGGCUUCGGUCUCUACCUACAGACACGAUGCGCAAGAUACCUGGAUCGUGGAAACGCCAGUUUCUUCGCUCUGAGUCAAAUCACAUACCCCAAUGCUGCCGUCAUCUUCGACGCUGCUAUCGCUAUCAAGUGUUUCGGUGUCGGCAUCAGUUAUCUCAUCAUCAUUGGUGAUCUUAUGCCAGGUGUCGUCCGCGGUUUCACAGACACCCCUGCUGCUGAAUACCUGUUAGACAGACACUUCUGGGUUACUGCUUUCAUGCUCGUCGUUAUUCCUCUCUCGUUCCUCCGAAGACUUGACUCGCUCAAGUACACCAGUAUUAUUGCUCUCAUUUCUAUUGGCUACCUCGUCGUCCUGGUCGUUUACCACUUCGCAAAAGGCGAUGAUAUGGGUCUCAAGGGUGACAUCAGUCUCUCGCCCGACAAGGGUAUCGUCCCCGUCUUGGCCAGUUUCCCUGUCAUUGUCUUUGCCUAUACCUGCCACCAGAACAUGUUCUCCAUUCUCAACGAGAUCGAGGACAACAGCCCCUUCAAGACGGGCUCAGUCGUCCUUGCCAGCAUCGGUAGUGCCGGUAGUAUUUACCUUCUCGUGGCAAUCACUGGCUACUUGACGUUUGGUGACAAUGUCGCCGGCAACAUUGUUGCUCAAUACAUUCCUUCUGUUGCCUCGACAAUCGGCAAAGCAGCAAUUGUUGUGCUUGUCAUGUUCUCGUAUCCUCUGCAAGUACACCCUUGCCGUGCUUCGGUCGACGCAGUACUCAAGUGGCGCCCAGCCGGGCGUAAGCAGCCAGACUAUGCUUCAGCUAACGGCUCUCCCUCUCGCUCAACUCUCCUGAAUCCUGCAAGCAACGCGCAAAGAGGCCGUGGUGAGAUGAGCGAUAGACGUUUCGCAGUCAUCACAACAGUCAUUAUUAUCCUGAGUUACAUUGUGGCCAUGACCGUUUCGUCCCUGUCGGUCGUGCUUGCCUACGUUGGCAGCACAGGAAGCACAUCGAUCAGUUUCAUCCUGCCAGGCUUGUUCUACUACAAGAUUUCAUCGCCAGACUCGCCGCAUCACCAACGAUUGCUUAAGGAGGACGAUGAUGAAGAGGCGGACGGUGAAGGGGAAUCCGCAGCAGGUGGAUGGAACAGUGGAAGCAUCUUGCGCAAACUCAGUCUGGCACUGGCAAUCUACGGAUUCUUGGUCAUGAUAGUUUGCCUGAUCACCAACACAUUCUUUGUUGUUGCCCACUAAUUUAGACAUGAGUUUUACAAAUCAAAAAUGAGAUUUCUCCCAUGGUGGAAACAC